AUGCGGACCAUCCCGCUCCGACGGUGUUUCGCAUCUACUAGUGACGAUUCUUUUGCAUCUUUAGCUGAACAAACAGAUCGUGAAAUUACUACAAUACGCAAUGUAGUGUUUGCGACACGCAAUAUGCAAGAACUUGUCGCGUUGCGCGAAAAAGCCGCAGCCCCAAACCUUUGGGAUGACGCCAUCAGUGCCGCGUCUGUAGUACAACGCUUGGCUUUGCUUGAAUCACAGACAACUCGUGUCGAUGAGCUGCUUCGACAAUUCUUAGAUACCAAGGAACUUCAUGUACUAGCGGUAGAAGAGAGAGAUGAGCCGAUGCUUCGGGAUUGCAUCGUUGGAAUGGCAUCAAUCCGGGCAAAGACACAGCAGCUUCAGCUUGACGUAUUACUUUCGCAUGAAAGUGAUGCCUGUUCUUGCUUUGUAGAGAUUCAAGCAGGGGCAGGAGGUAUUGAUAGCUGCGACUGGACGGCUAUGCUAGCAAGAAUGUACACUCGCUGGGGUGAGGCGCGUGGAUUCCAAGUGCGAUAUGUUGAUGAAGCUCCUGGAGAAGAGGCCUUUUUUCGAUCUGUUAUGUUAAGAUUGGACGGUGAGUAUGCUUAUGGCUGGGCUAGAAGUGAGGCUGGUGUGCAUCGCCUCGUGCGCAUUUCUCCGUUUGACAGUGCUGGAAGAAGACAUACAUCGUUUGCGCAAGUGCGUGUGUACCCCAUAGCUGCCGAAGCUCGACUUGACGAAAAGAUGGAGCUCUCGAUCAAGAACUUACGUGUUGACACGUUUCGGUCGUCGGGUCCUGGUGGACAACAUGUGAACAGUACCGAUAGCGCCAUUCGAAUCACGCACUUGCCGACAGGACUAGUAGUUCAGUGCCAAUCGGACCGAUCGCAGCACAAAAACAAAGCCGAAGCAAUGACAAUGCUUCGCUCAAGACUUUAUCAGCGAAAUUUGGAAGAAGAAGCGCGAAAAAGACAACAAUUUACAAAAGGAUUGGGAGAAAACGCUUGGGGCAACCAGAUUCGAUCAUACAUAUUGAACCCGUAUCAACUUGUGAAAGAUCAUCGUACCAACUACUCGGAAAGCAACACGGCUCGAGUCCUCGAUGGCGAUAUCAACAAAUUUAUUGAAAAGAUGCUUCUCCACAAGCUAACUUGA